CAAAAAAAUGAAUCCCCAAUUUUCGGAUUCCUCACUCCGGAAAUUCAUAGGUCUCCACUCCGUCCUAAAAUUUUUGGAUAACCCCUAAUUUUGUACACAACCGAAUCUCAUUUCCUCUACUGAGCGGAUCGGAACAAUGGAGAUUGCCGUGGAUAUCAAUUACGGAGCGGAUCGGAGUGUGUAAAUAUUACACAGAGAUCAUACCCACGCACAUACUCAAUUACGCAGCCAUCCAUAUCCUCUCUAAUUCACAAAAGCAAAAUCAUGAAGUUCCAAAACCCACUUUCAACCCUACCCUCAGAGAUCAACCGUGACAUACUUUCAAGAUUGGAAGGGAAGCAACUGUUCAUAGCCCAGUGUGUGAGCAAAGAGUGGUAUUCCUUCAUACAAGACAUCAAGCUCUCCUACACCGGACAACCCAGAAUUCUCAUCCUCUCGCCUGGAAACCACGAAGGAAAACAUAGGGAAGUGAGAUCAAUAAGCCCUGAUCUGGGGAAUGAAAGACUGUCCCAGUUCACAGGCCAUUUAUCUUUUGCAGAACCCGCUGCGGACGAGUGUUUAGGUUUUUUUGGUGAUGGUUAUAGGUUGAGGGUUUUGUGUUCUUGCAGUGGGCUUGUUCUUAUCCACAUUGGAGAACAUUUGAUUUUGUGGAACCCCCAUACGAGCUGGUCUACCAAAGUUCUUGAGCUUCAAAGACUCCGAGAUGACGACUAUAAGGUAUUAGGAGGGCUUUGUUAUGAUCUCUCCACCUCAGAUUACAAAGUUGUCUUAUUACUUAGUGACAACACCUCGGACCACGGUGGUCAUUUUGUUUUGGUUUCAACCCUGAAAAGUAAAAGGUGGCGAAAAAUGCGCUUUCUGUAUAACUAUAUGACUUCACAAGUUGGGAUCAACUUUAAUGAUAUACUUCACUGGAUAGUGAGUGACAUACAAAACUCUCAGGGGUGGCAUUACUAUAAUGAUCAAUAUAUGAAAUGGGACAAUCUUAGGUGCAAUAAGAUUGUUUGUUUCGAUCCGGUUGAUGACACAUUCAAAACAUUGCCCUCCCCGACACAGAUUAAUCGGGGAGAAGAAGAUUCGAUAGUUGGUAUGGGAAUCAUAGAUGGAUGUUUUUGCAUGGCUACGAAGGAUGAAAAGAGGCAAGUGAUCCAAGUUUCAAUUAUGAAAGAAUAUGGAAAACCAGAGUCUUGGGUCACAUCCUUUGCCAUCUCCAUGUUGGGACCUGCACAACAUAACUUUUACAACCUCAAAUUUGUGUCCCAAAAUGGGAAAGUGUUUAUGAAGUUUGGUUAUUUCUGGAGAACUUAUGUGUAUGAUGUCAAAGAAGACAGACUGGAAGAGAUGUUUCCUGUACCGGAUGGUGUUGCUAAUGAUGGCCUUAGUUGCUUCUACGUUGAAAGCUUUGAUAUGCCACAUGAAGUAAGUUGGAGAGAUGGUGAUGAGAAAAAAUGCAGGCUUUGAAAUGUUUUGGAAUAUCUGGACUUCUUAUGAUUUAAAAUACGUAGUAUCUCAUAGAAAGGCUUUGACAUUGUUGCUUCAAAAUAUGUAGUAUACCAGAUCAGAAUAGUGUAACUAACAAAGAACCUAGAAAUUCUGUAUUUCUAUGACUUGGUGUUAAUACUCACUUGGUGACUUGGUGUUAUGUUAUGCUUCAGAAUAUCUUCUCUUUUUCCAUAGAAUGACUAUAAUAAGCAACCAUAACUUGAGGUCAGUUGAAGAGGUUUAGUCUAGAAAAGUGUGUUUUGUGGAUAUUGUUUUUUCUAAUAAAUUUACUUAGAGUGUUAUUCAGUCAUGUUAAGAAGGUUCCCCAAAGUUAAUUAGUAGUGGCCC